CCAAGAUGUCCCGCUUCCUGGCCGAACCCAUCACGACCAAGGAGUCCGAGAGCUUCUCGGCGCCCGGCAUGUCCAUCGGCAGGUCCAGCAUGCAGGGCUGGCGCGACACCAUGGAGGACGUGGACAUUGUGAGCAUUCCCAUGCACCCAGACGUGCCGGACACCACUUGCGUCGCUGUAUUCGACGGCCACGGAGGACCCUCCGUCUCCACGUACAUUGCGGAGAAGAUCGUGGAGGCUAUCACGGCUACGGAGGCUUUUAAGAAGGACCACAAGUCGCCUGAGUCGCUGGCUGUGGCGCUGUGCGAGGGCUUCAUGGCCGCUGACGAGAUGCUGAAGGAAGACCCGGAGUACGCCACUUCCAGCGAUGAAGUCGGCUCCACGGGGCUCUUCGCUAUUGUCACGCCCAAGGACAUUGUGUGCGCCAACGUGGGCGACUCGCGCUGCAUUCUGAGCAACGCCAAGACGCCGGAAGUUCUGCAGCUGUCGGUGGACCACAAGCCCGACUUGGAGUUCGAGAAGCAGCGCAUUGUGGCAGCGGGCGGCACAGUCUUUCGUGGACGCGUGUGCGGCGGUGUGGCUGUCUCGCGGAGCUUCGGAGACCUGUGGUUCAAGCGUAACGCUGAUCUCAAGCCCCACCAGCAGCUAGUGACGUCCGAGCCCUGCGUGCGCGUCCAGCGCCGCGACCCCGCCGACGAGUUCCUGGUGCUGUGUUGUGACGGUAUCUACGACGUCAUGAGCAACGACCAGCUGCGCAAGUUCAUCCGCAGUAAGAUCAAGAACGGCGUGAAGAGCCCCAAGGAGAUCGCCGAAAACCUGCUCGAUGAGUGUCUGGCCAAGGGCAGUCGCGAUAACAUGAGCGCCGUCAUCGUGCUCUUCGACGCUGCCCUCAAGAAGUAACGGCCUCUUCCAGGUCUUUUGGUCAGCGAUGAAGGCAUGUAGCCUCACAGAGCUCCUCUUGUUUUAUUCU